CAAUAGUUAAGUACACGAGAAUAAACAGAAAUAUCAAUCUUUUAUAAAAUCUAUUAAUAUUAAUAACUAUUUCAGUUAGCAUGACAUACUUUUUCUUCUGUCAAUUAAUAUAAGUCGUCCCCAACAGACCAAUGGUUUAUUAUGAUUUUUAAAAUGAGAGGUGGAGCUCGUGGUGGCAGACCUGCAAGGGGUGGUCGAUCAGGACCUUACAAACCUAAAGUCUUCAUCCCUCGUGUGCCUUUUGAUGUUUAUGUUUGUGAAUCAUUUUUCCCACGUGUUAAACUUGCACCAGAUGAUAAUACAUUGACCCAGGUAAGUGAAGAAUCAACUGUUUUAAAGGCUAUUUUGAAAAGAAACCAAGAUCUAACAUCUACUGCACAAGAGCAAACAGCAGUAUUGAAUCUUGUUACAAAAAUUCAAACUGUUUUGGAUAAUAUUGCAUUAUCUCCUGGAAAUUUUGAUGCAUGUCAAAUUGAAGAAGUUCGACAAGUUGGCUCCUUUAAGAAAGGGACUAUGAUGAUUGGAAAUGCUGUAGCUGAUAUUGUUACAAUUCUGAAAACUCUUCCUACUGUGGAAGCUGUUCAAGCUCUUGGGAAUAAGGUAUUAGAUGAACUGAAAAAUAUCGAUCCUGAGGAAAUCUUGGCACUUGUCAUGAUUGAUGGUGGUUUUGAAAUUAGCUCUCCUGAAGCAUCAGUUAAAUGUCUUAUUACAACUGUUCCCCAAAAUCUAAGAAAACUUGAUCCCGAGUUACACUUGGACCCCAAGAUCCUUCAACAUCACUUAGCUGCUAUACGACACGCUCGCUGGUUUGAAGAAAAUGCUCAUCAUUCAAGCAUCAAAGUUUUGAUCAGAUUGUUUAAAGAUCUUCGAAAUCGUUUUGAAGGAUUUCAACCUCUGAAUCCAUGGAUUCUUGAUCUUCUGGCACACUAUUCUAUUAAUCAUCACCCUAGUCGCCAGCCACUGGGUCUGAACAUUGCAUAUAAGCGUUGUCUACAGUUGCUGGCUGGUGGUCUUUUUCUCCCUGGUUCUGCAGGAAUUCCUGAUCCAUGUGAAGGAGGUACAGUUCGAGUUCACACAUCUAUGUCCUUAGAACAACAGGAUCUUGUUUGUCUUACUGCUCAAACUCUAUUGAGAGUAAUGUCUCAUGGUGGUUAUAAGCAAGUACUUGGUCUUGAAAUUUUACCCAAUUUGGCUACUGAAAUGAGUGUAUGGGAUGGAGUUGUUGUAUCCCCUCUUAGUAAAGCUUAUGAAAAACCAGAAGACAAAAAGGAGGAAGAAACCUCUGAGGAUAUGGAGCAAGAACAUGAGGAGACCAUGGAAACUCAAGAUUCAUAAAGCAGAAAUUUUAUAUGUACACUUGAUAUAUUGACUGCUCUGAUAUUUUAAAAUUACCUUCAUUUUGUAAAUAUCAACAUUGUAUGACAUUAGCAUCUUCUCAUAUUUUUUUUUAUUGCCUAAAAUGUUCUACAAUGGAUAUAUAUUGAUUUUCAUUAAAAGCAAGUCUUGAAACCA